AUGUCUGACGACUGCUCUGCAAUCGGUCCUGGGUGUACGGUCCAAGACUCUGUCUAUGGCUAUUUCCCUAGCCUCGGCGCGAAUGUCUUCUUCCUCACCUUCUUUGCCAUCUGCUUCUUCGUCAACGUCUUCCUAGGCAUUCGUCACCGGACAUGGACCUACAUGAUAGCAGUCGGUCUGGGCUGCUUGACCGAAGCGAUUGGAUAUAUCGGACGACUCCUUAUGCGACAGAACCCCUUUGCCGAUUAUGGGUUCAUCACACAAAUCUGCUGUCUUAUCAUCGCUCCUGCGUUCAACUCGGCUGCCAUAUAUCUCACUCUCAAGCAUAUCACCCUCUGCUUUGGGCCAGAAUUCUCCUUCAUCAAGCCACGGUUUUACACCUACAUCUUCAUCUGUGCUGAUUUCUUGUCGCUGCUGUUGCAAGCAAUUGGUGGAGCAAUAGCAUCGGGCGCCGACACAAACAGCGAAGAAAACACGGGGGAUGAUUUGAUGCUGGCCGGUAUUGGUUGGCAGGUGGCCUCCUUGUUUUUCUUUGCUGUCACUGCGGGCUUGUAUAUUCUUCGACGAUACAAAGGUGCCGCGCACGUCCCGCUCUCCCACGAAGCCGCAAAGACUCUGGAAAGCCGCAACUUCCGUCUCUUCAUUUUUGGUGUUGCCACUGCUUGGUUGACCAUCUUCAUUCGCUGCGUGUUUCGGAUCAUCGAGAUGGCAGGUGGCUGGAGAAACCCCAUCAUGCGCAACGAGACCGACUUCAUCGUCCUCGAGGGAGUGAUGAUUGUGAUCGCCGUCGCAUGCCAAACAGCCUUUCACCCUGGCAUUUUCUUCCCACGUCUCUCAUCGCGUUGGACAUCAGAGUAUGAAACAGUUCGCGGCAAGAACUCGAGGGACGUCUCAAUGGAAAACAUGCAAACCUAUAACGCGGCCGUCUAG